GGUGAACACGUGGCAGCCGAGUGGCCUGCUUGGCUCAGUGCCGUCGCCGGUGAAGCUAUCCACGGUUGGGUUCCACUCAAAGCUGACUCUUAUCAGAAGCUUGAGAAGAUAGGACAAGGUACGUAUAGCACUGUUUUCCGAGCUCGAGAUAUUGAGAGUGGAAGGAUAGUUGCACUAAAGAAGGUGCGGUUCGACAAUUUUGAGCCUGAGUGUCCGAUUCAUGGCAAGGGAGAUACUGAUUCUUCGAAGGCUUGACCAUCCAAACAUCAUAAAAUUGGAUGGGAUAGUUACUUCCCGAAUGUCGUGUAGCUUAUACCUUGUGUUUGAGUACAUGGAACAUGAUAUCACUGGACUUUUGUCUUGUCCUGACAUUAAGUUCAGCGAGCCACAGAUUAAAUGCUAUAUGAAGCAGUUGUUAUCUGGACUUGACCACUGCCAUUCACGGGGUAUAAUUCACCGGGACAUUAAAGGAUCAAAUCUCCUUGUAAAUAAUGAAGGAAUCCUAAAAAUGGCUGAUUUUGGUUUGCCGAAGUUCUAUGGUUCUGGGUGCAGGCAACCAUUAACAAGUCGUGUUGUAACCUUAUGGCAUCGUCCCCCAGAACUUUUGUUGGGUUCUACAGAUUAUACUGCAGCUGUGGAUCUUUGGAGUGUUGGCUGUGUAUUCUCUGAACUUCUCCUCAGGAAACCUAUCCUUCAAGGCAGAACAGAGGUUGAACAAUUGCAUAAGAUUUUCAAGCUCUGUGGAUCCCCACCAGAUGAUUACUGGAAAAAAGCCAGAUUACCUCAUGCAACUAUAUUCAAGCCACAACAACCUUAUGAUAGUAGUCUCCGGGACACUUUUAAAGAUUUACCGGUUACUGCUGUGAACCUAAUAGAAACUUUGCUUUCAGUGGAGCCAUACAAGCGUGACACUGCUUCCUCGGCUCUUGCUUCAGAGUAUUUCAUGACAAAGCCUUACGCAUUUGAUCCAUCAAGCUUGCCAGUAUAUCCACAUAACAAAGAGUUAGAUGCAAAACAUCGUGAAGAGGCAAGGAGGUAA